UAGAGCGGGAGGAAUAUGUGUGAAGAUAAGGAGACCGGUUUCUUCAGGCCGUGGAAUAAUCCUGAGAGGAGUACGAAGGAGGAUAGGAUCGAGGCGUCAGUUACAAUUGAGGAGAACCAAUUUUCUUGUGUGAAACAAGAGGGAGACGAAGAUCAAAGAUUUUCGAAUCUUUACGAAAAGAUCUCCUUGUCAUCUGGUUCCUUCGAAAGGCGAAGAAGAAAGAAGAGCGAUUCUUCUAUCAAAACGACGAGCAGCUCGUCGUUGAAAGUUAAGAACGAGAGCAGGAAUGGAAGCGUAAGUUUGUCGAAAGAUUCUGUUCUCGAUUGUCCAUUGCCCUCCGAAACGGGUUCCUUUUCGAUUCCUGGUUCUCGUGGCCACUCGUUGUUCGAUGCGCCACACUCCUCAAUUAAUUAUCUUCAGAGAAUGACUGUCCCGAUGCGCUCUGAUCCGUGGUGUGAUCCUAUGGCUUCAACGUUGCAACCAACAGCUUCGACGACAGCGACGAUAGGGCUCCCGUUUUAUUGUGGAUUCCCUUCGGUGUUGCACAGCUUCCCACAAGCGCCUUCGUUUGUGGAGCAUGCUGUGGGAAUGCUCGAAAGACAAGAGGCGGUCGCGAAACAAAUAAGAAAACUGCGACCGAAAAAGUUUAGGUGCGAACACUGCGACGUCGCAUUCAGCAAUAACGGCCAACUAAAGGGACACAUCAGGAUACACACGGGUGAAAGACCGUUCAAAUGUGACGCGAAGGAUUGCGGCAAAUCGUUUACCAGGAACGAAGAAUUGACGAGGCACAAGAGAAUUCACACUGGACUUCGUCCUCACGCUUGCAUAAUUUGUGGAAAAUGUUUUGGUAGGAAAGAUCACUUGAAGAAGCAUAUGAGAACGCACGAGAAUCGCGAUCCGUAUAGAAUGUCCACGGCCACAUUGGGAAUGAUCGGUUUAGGAAAUACUCUACCUCAGGGAUUUUUCCCAUAUUUCUAUCCAACGUGAUAUAUUUGUAUAUAUUGUAUAAACGACGAUAAUCUCGACAAUAAUUUUGUAUUGUAUAUCGAAUUGACAUUAUUUUUUAUCUUUUAUAUAUUUUGAACU